CUGCUAAUAGUUUAACAGUUUAAACCAUAGACUGUAAACUAAAGACAGUACUAUCAGUGGUUUAAACUUUAAACCAAUGCCUGUAGUGGUUGUAGGUUUAACCAGUACACAUGAACGCAGCCUAAAAACUACUUCCGUCUGGAUCCUUUCUGUUGUUGUCAUGGCGGCGGUUCAAACUGUUGACAAGCUUGGACUAAAAUUUAAAAUGUUUACCAUGUGCUAUAUUUUAAUUAACAUACAAUUAGCGAAGCUGUGUGCAUAGUUAAUUUGUAAUCUCAAUUUAAACUGAAAAAGGUACUUAUAAGCGAGGUCGAAAUGGUGGAAUGGAUGCCUUUGGGAUUAACUUGAUGUCAGCAAACUUCAUUUCAAAAGCCUACUUAGCUUGUUAAUGCUAACUAUCAUUAGCACAGCAUAUGAUAUUUUGUGAGUUAAUUGUUAGUUUGACUGAAUUUGGUGGUUGUUUUCACCGUAAUGACCGCACAGUUGUUGCAGAAUGGUCCAACGAUUUCAGUAGGACAGCAAAGUCAAAGGAGGGACUGGGUUAUUUUAGGUUCAGCCCGAAACCGCGACGAUUUUACCACUGAGAUGUCCCAAACUAAGCUAUUGUUCAAUGAAGCCAUCCCUGCAAGUGCCGGCAACCGUGCCACCUAUGUACGCCUGCCAGCCCCCAUUGUGAUUGAGAAGCUGCUGCCACUGUCGGAGGAGCGUGAGAAUGCCAACAGCACCAGGAGCUCCAUCAGCUUCACUGCGCUCUCCGAGGAGAGGCUGCAGGCUGCCGUUAAGCUCGCCAAGCGAGAUCUGAGACGAAGGCACCUUGAGUCAUUGAUAAAAUCCCCUGCCAGACCUUCUCAAGAGGCCUCCCUCCUUGAAACAAGUGAUGUAGAGCUGCUUCAGGAGCUUGCAACCACUCCAAGUAAGGCAAAGUUAAGGGCCUCCAGUCCAAAAGAGAAAGCUGCCCGUCCUGGAGCAAAACAAACAUCCCAGAAGCGUCCCAUGUGUGCAAUGCCUCGGGCAGGCCAAUCACCCCCAACCAGAGACCCUGGCCCUAAACAGCUGGAAAGAGGCAAACAGGCUCCGUUAAGCCAGGAAAUCCACAAGCUGCAAAAUGAACUUGAAGUGUAUAUUCAGAAAGUGGAGGAGCUAGCCAACAGAGGGGAGAAAAUGGAGGAGCUGCUGGAGCCUGAAGAGCAAAACAAGUUGGAGGUGCGCAGACAGAAGCAGGCAGCCCGCUCAGCACGUAUUAUCUAUGACCUCCAGAAACAGGUAAAAGAGAUACAAGAAGAUAUGGAGAAGCUACGAAACCAGAAACUGUGGGACACCAAAAAAUCCACUGCAGUAAACCGGCUUGCAGCUGCCCACCGUGGAGCACUCAGGGCCUUACAGGUUGUUAUCAACCAGCUUUCAGAUUUAUCUCACAGCAAGUUACCUCCUCACUACAAAGAGCUGGGCCAGCUGAUUCGCCAGCUCUCUUUGUGCUCAGCUAAGGUCGAAGUGGAUCAAGGUUCAGCUGUGCCUGAGACAGCCCUCGACAUCCUGCAGAAACUAGAGACUUUGGAUUCAGCCCUAAGUAAACAAGAGAUGCUGGAAAAAAUACAGGCCCAAACAUGCCCUCCACACAGGAAGUCUCAUCGCAGUAUGUCACCUAUUGGUGUGCUCAAGGGUCCCAGCACCUCAACUGUACGGGGACCUCGCAAACCUGCAAAUCCUAAAAGAGGAGUCCGUGCAGGUAGGAGAAUGGCCUCACAAAAGCCCAAAACUACUUCUCACCAGCCCAUGAACAGAAGAGAGCUGCUGAGGGCCGGCCUGGAGAGCCUCGCCCAGCAGAGGGAGCUGAGAGAGCUGCAGGGACAGCCUCAGAUGAACACCACCUGCAGAAAAGGACUACACUCUGACAGGAGAAAGGCUGACAUUAUAAUGAAGCAUAAUCAGAUGCGAGAUGCAGGCUUCCAGCAGCCUACAGUUUCCUCUCGGCUCAGAGUGAACGAGCUCCCUCAAAAAGAGCACUCUGUGCCCUGGAUACCUACAUCCCCUCACUCUCCUCCACAGCGCAGAUCCCCUCAAAGGGGGAGGCCAGAGCCUCGAUGUCUCUUCUCUCCAAUGAAGCCCUCGCCAAGCCCUCCAAGGCAGAGGAUGGCCAGUGGUUUUGGGGAAGAGCCAGUCCUGAGCUCACAAAAGAAGAAACAAGCCCAGAAUGAAGCAUUAAGGAAAGCCUGGUUGGAUAAGAUGACGAUGCAGAGGCUGAAAGAGCUCAACCAGCUGAGUAAAGAGGAGGCUGAAUGUAUUCAGAGAUUAAGGUCUGAAGUGGUCUCGCCAACUCAGUGGGCUGAGAGAGCUGAGCAGAAGGCAAGAGAGAGAAUUCAGCCCCUUCUGGAUGAAGCACAGCAGAUUGGUGAAUCCAGGGACAGGAUCAGCUCCUCACUGAGAAAUCGGCUGUCUGAGCAGGCUGCAGAGAGGGCAGCAGAGACUGCCGAGCAGCUGAGUGAGGCCCUGCUCGAAGAUCUGUUGGAGGACACUGCACGGGCGGCGUGGGCAGCUGAGACAGACAGACAGUUGGAGGGCAUGGCCCAGCGUAGGCUGCAGGCCCCCACCCUGGAGAGUAUGCUGCUUCGUAUGGAGGAGAUACAGAGGGAUCAGGAGGACGUGAGGAGACGGUUUGCUUCAAUCACCUAUUCAGAUCCUCUUUACUGGGACCAACCAGGAGCUGCAGGGCCCCAGUGCCAUGCUCCGGGCUCCAGGCCAGCCUCUCCUCAGCCAAUUAGGCUUACCAGGCCAGCGCUGAAGCAGACCUCUGCGGCUGAUAUUGUCCUAGAAAAACCCGUGGAGACUGGUUUUCCGUCUGAGGACAGCCUAACGGAGGAGGUAUCCCAAGACGAGCGGCAGCCCAGAAACAGCACGGCGUUCCCAGGCCCGGCAGAGAGAGGCAAGGGGACCGUUAUCUCUGUGCCAGGCAGCAUGCUGAGAAGCAUUCGGCGGUACCGGGAAGACUAUGAGGCCUACCUGCGCAUCGUGGCUCACGAGGCUGUCGGCAGCUUCAACCCCUGGGCUGUUGCAAACAGCCUGGCAGAGGAGUUGCUGGCAGAGGCUCUGGCUGACGUGGCAGCAGAGUUUCAGGACGUUGUGGAGGAGUACGCCGAGGCCGUCUUCACCUCAGAGUUUCUUCAGCCAACCCAGUCGCCUCCUGCUCCGGCUGCAGCUUUGGUCAGCCAGUAGGCCGUUUACAAGCAUCAUGGAUGUAGCAGUCUCUUACAGAUUACUAUAAUAUGUAUUUAUUUUCUGAAUUUGGAGAAUCUGCAUUUUCAGUACAGGUUCCAAGGACUCCAAUUACUCAGUAUUUUUCUAUAGUUUUUUAAGUUUUACAAGCAGAUAUUUCACCUUGGAAUGAAACUCCAAAACUGAAAUUUUGUUAAUACUCAAAGAUCUGAAAAUGUGUUGAUAGAUCACUGCUUUGAUGUGACAACAUAUGACUUUAUGUAAUUGGGAUUGUAGAUAUUUUUUAAUGAUGAUACAGCAGAUGAGAUUGUUGAAUUGCACACGGUGCAUUAGUCCCUUCACUCUUAAUGGUCCACGUGCAUCUGUGAUUGAAUUCCUGCUGGGAAAGUUAGUUUAGUUUAGAUAAGCUCGGAGAGACCAUCACGACAUUACAGAGGAUUAUAAGAUUACCACCCUCCCCUUGCACUUGGUUUAAACCUCCCUGAGGAUUACUCACACUUUUUAUUUUCACAUCGGAAUAUGGAAAUAAAUUAAUUGCAUACAGUCUCCACUGUAUGCAAUUAAGUGAUGUGGGAUUAGCUGAGGGCAUCAUGUGUUAAAUCUAUUGUAACUUGAUUUCCUCCUUUGCUUUAAUAUCUAAAUAAAGGGUAUAAACACAGCAAA